AUGUUUUCAGCCGUAAAUUUUCUCCCUGUGCUCAGUAUCAUUGCAAUAACCGCCUACAACGUCCUCACAAAAAUACUGUCCAAAGCCAUCGUCUACACUGCAUACUUUGGCUGCUCAGGUGCAUACGUUGUUGACGUCGUGCACAAUUGUACUGCCCAAAACUCUUGGCAAUUACAUUCUAAAUGCCCCCCUAAUUCCUGCAGGAAUCCGGUCAUUCCGGCGGAUUCCGGUGGAUUCCAGAGGAAUGAAAUUUGGCAGGGAGGCCUGCUAUUUUCACCAUUCCGGUGCCUUACCAUUCCGGUGGAAUUUGGGCAUUCCGGAAUUGACACCGGAAUGAUCCGCGGAAUGCACAGGAACGGAAUGCAACGGAAUCCGGUCCUUUGUUUGCUACGUUCAGAAACGGCUGGGCCGAACGGAUUGAGUCUUGUCGAGGUCACAUUUUGUGACACAGGACUUAGUGAAAUUCAUUGUGUCGACCUUGGUGUCGACCGUCAUCUGCCUGCAUCCUCAUCACUCCCGUUCCUCAUCGUCCAUCCAGCCUACAUCGCGUUCACCCUUGUCACUAUCCGACUCAUUUGUAUCAUCAAAUUCUUCAUCUUCAACCACAAUCUCGUCCAUACGUCGAAACCGCGGUCAGCAAGAGGUGAAAAGUGUGCAUCACAGCUUGGAGAUGGAGAUGAAAGCAGGGUGAACGAAGAUCAACCAAAACGACGAUGCACCUCGAACAUUCCUCCCACACCUGGCCCGGACCCUCAAGUUCUCGUCGCCCAUCACCCUCAAGUUCUCCUCUCACGUUACCAGCUCCAUCGACUCCCUUUCCAUAUCAUCAUGCUCAACUUCCAACAACUAUGUCUUUGAGUCCAUUAUCCAAUGUCAUAUGCGGCACUCACGACUCCUCCGCCCAAUUACAUCAACUACCUCGAAUGCAGUACCCACCACCU